AUGAAACCCGCUCGACUCCCGGGUGGGACCCCUGCACCUUACGGCCGUGCAUGCCAGAACUGCGCACAUGCCAAGUGCAAAUGCAAAACAUGCAUGCCAGCACAGAGCGUUCGAAAGCCCAAUCAACGGUCAACAGCCUCAAAAUUUGCCAAACUUGAGGCUAAGAUGGAUUACGUCUUAGCCACUUAUCCUGCGCUCCCAGGUAGUACAAGCUCUAGACAGCCGGAUUGGGAACCUGCAGCUCUAAGCCCAGCCCCAGCACAGACCCAACGUGAUGCCCUUGAACAGUCUAAGCCAGGAAUGGCCCCUACUCCAACAAGCAUCUCUUCGCCUUACACUGGCAGCAAGAUCUUUGGAGGAUACAAUGUGCCAGCUCGCAAUGAAGUAUUGUCACUGCUGCGCAUUCAAACCCCCAUGGCUCAGGAAUGCCUGGAUCUAUUUCGCACCCAUCACCUGCAAUAUCUCCCGUUCUUCUACCUGCCCCCUGACAUGACUUCUGAGCAACUCCAGAAUAAGUUGCCGUUCUUUUGGGUUUGCAUCAUGGAAGUGCUUACCCCACAAAAUACGGAGAAGGGUGAUUCUUUCAGGAGAAUCACUAACCAUAUCCACCAGAGAGUCAUGGUUGAUGCUGGGCCAAGUAUGGAUCUUCUUCUUGGGAUGAUGACCUUUGUCUCAUGGGGUGCAUACUCGAAAAGGCCAUUCCUCAACUCCUAUGUACACAUGUUGAUGGGGGUAAUCGCAGAGCUCGGAAUCAAUCAAUCCCCCAUAGGAGUAAACUCCCUCAUGCAAGAUUUUAAAUUUGCCAUCGGAAUGAAGCGAAACGAAUCUGGAAUCAGAACACUCGAGGAGAGAAGAGCCGUGCUGGGCUGCUUCUUGAUUUCAUCCAGGUCAGUAUUGAACCAAAGCCGAUUAUUGCUAGGAUUUUUAACACAAAUAAAUGCUAUUAGUACUGCGAUGUCAAUGUCCCGAAUUGACGCCAUGAGGUGGACACCACACAUGGAAGAAAGUCUGUCAGUGCUUGCUGAGGCUAAAGAGUGCCCAGAAGAUGAAAUCCUAGUGGCAAUGGUCAAGAUGUACUUGGUCUUGGAUAGACUAUACCAUCUUCGACGCGAUGGCGAUACCAUCAGCUCACCAUCCUUCUAUCUGAGCACGCUCAAGAUACAACUUGAAGCCGCGAGGCAGGAGAUUCCAAGCCAUAUCCAGACCCACACCGUACAGAUGUACUUUUACAGCGCCGAGUUCACAAUUAAUGAAUUGGCACUUGGACCCUCCGCUAUUCCCCAUUUACCUGAUCUCCAACGCCUCGAAAGCCUCCAUACCUCCCUCCAGGCAACAAAAAUCUGGCUGAAUAUCUGGCUGGAUUUGAGAGCGGUUGAGUACAUGCAAGUGUCAUCCAUUGUCUUCUUUCAGUGGGCCAGAGCCAUCCUCAAUCUCUACAGACUCACUACCCUGGAUGACCCGACAUGGAGCAAGUCCGUGGUACGAGAAACGGCGGAUGUUCUUGAUUUCUUGAACAAAUCCAUCGCGGCAAUCAAAGAAUAUCCAGAAUAUCUUCGUUUCGAGGAAGGAAAAGAUAUCAAUCUGCUCGAGAAGGGACUAAAGAUGACAGAAGCCUUGAAAAGCAACUGGGAACCAAAAUUGAUCGAACUGUGGGGGCUGCCUAUGCCUGCCAAUGAUACUGAUGCUAGCAUGAUUCAUUCCGACAAUACACUGCCUCCGGGCCUCUCUUUGCCUCAGAUUGACGACGGCUGGAUGAUGGAGUUCCUGGGAUCUCUUUGA